AAUAUAGAAAGAGAACAAAAACCAAGAAAAAUAAAAUCUUUACCUGUGAGCGCUUUUCCCGUGUUUUAUCUUUUGGUGUUUUCUUUUUUGCUUUUAAUUCCCAUGUUCUGUAUGGAGACUCUGUUUCUGAGUUUGGAGUUCUAAUGGGCUUUGUUCAAUUCAUUUUUUAUGCAUUAGCUUUCUUCAAUAUAAUUGAGUUCAUUGAAUAAUCAGAUCAUUGCUGACCUUACCAUUGUUCUUUUUGUGUGUGUUUAUUUGCUCUCAUAGGGUUUGAAUCUCAUGGCUUUUCAUUUGAAGUAACUUUUGUUGAACCCAAUCGUAUUUUUUUUGAAUUCUUGUUCGGGUUAUAUUCAGUAACCCAUUUUUGCAGAUUUACCAGGAUAAAAAAAAGGGGGAAAGUAAUUCUGUCCAAGAAAGCACAAGGAGUCGGAGUUUAGGGUUUUGUUUGAUUUUGGUUUGCACAGAGCUUUUUAUGCUUAGGGAUUUUACAAGUAAAUCAUUACAUUCCUGAAAUUAUAAAGAUUGAAGAUUCACACUAAUGGAUAAGGAUAAGCCUCACCAUGGAAGUGGGAAUUCAUUUCCUCCAUCUGGGAGGUAUUCUGCUUUCUCGCCGCCAAAAGGUAGUUUCAACAUGAAACCGGAUCAAGUGGGAAUGUCGAAUUUGCCUCCAUUAGCGCCAGGUAGCUCAUCUGACCAGGGUCAUUUUGGUCACAGUGUGCAGUCUGCUAAUCGGUUUAGUCAUGACCUAAGCCGUAUGCCCGAUAACCCGCCUAAGAAUCUGGGCCACAGGCGUGCUCACUCUGAGAUUCUGACUCUUCCUGAUGACAUCAGCUUUGAUAGCGAUUUAGGUGUUGUGGGAGGAUUGGAUGGGCCGUCCUUUUCCGAUGAUACUGAGGAGGACUUACUGUCAAUGUAUCUUGACAUGGAUAAGUUCAAUUCUUCUUCCGCAACUUCUGCUAACCAAGCAUGUGGCGAGUCGUCUAAUAAUGUGCUGGCAGGCGAGUCGGGUUCAUCUUCUGCCAAUCAGUCGGGUGAUAAUGUCGGUACAGUUAUCAGUGAGAAACCAAGAAUUAGGCAUCAGCAUAGCCAGUCCAUGGAUGGGUCGACUUCCAUUAAACCGGAAAUGCUCAUGUCAGGUUCAGAAGAUCCUUCGCCAGGCGAUGCUAAGAAAGCGAUGUCUGCUGCUAAGCUUGCCGAGCUUGCUCUUAUUGAUCCAAAGCGUGCUAAGAGGAUUUGGGCAAAUAGGCAGUCAGCAGCAAGAUCAAAGGAACGUAAGAUGAGGUAUAUUGCUGAGCUUGAAAGGAAAGUCCAGACUUUGCAAACAGAAGCUACUUCUUUGUCUGCUCAGUUAACCUUACUACAGGGAGAUACAAAUGGACUUACAGCUGAAAAUAGUGAACUCAAACUACGCUUGCAGACCAUGGAACAACAAGUACACUUGCAAGAUGCACUCAACGAUGCACUGAAAGAAGAGAUCCAGCAUCUCAAAGUGCUGACUGGACAAACAAUGAACAAUGGUGGGGCCAUGAUGAAUUUCCCGCCAUCUUAUGGAGCUAACCAACAACAGUACUACGGAAACAACCAAGCGGUUCACACUUUUCUAACGGCUCAACAGCUGCAGCAGCUUCAGAUACAUUCCCAAAAGCAGCAGUUUCAACAGCAUCAGCAGCAGCAAGAACAACAACAGCUGAAGAUGAGAAAUUCUAUGCCGUCUUCUGUUCAGAAAGAUCACGGCCCAGAUGCGUCUUUUACUGGUUAAGAAACAAGAUUGUUAAUUGCUGGUGAGAUUUUCAUAGCUUGGUGACUUUUGGUAAGAGACUGUUA